CCGGACCCAAACCCUGAUCCGGAUCCUUUCUCGUCGGCUUCAACAAGCGACGAACCGAUUGAGAGCAAUUUACAGGAAGAGAACUUGGAAGGAAGGAACGUUCUUCUUAAAAACAAUUUUGCCAUACUACUAGUCUUUAAACAAACGAUGCCUCGUAAAGGAUUCUCCAAUUUCGAUGAUUAUGAUGAUGGUUUUGAUGAUGAAGAUGAUUAUGAUUAUGACUAUGAUAUAGAUAUAGAUGAACAAGAAGCUGCUGAACCAAAGGAAGAAGUUGCUCAGCAAGGGCUUUGGCGAUGUGCAAUCUGUACUUAUGACAAUGAUGAGAGUAUGUUUGUGUGUGAUAUUUGCGGCGUUCUUCGUCAUCCUUCGGCUGGAAAUCAAACUAUCAAUAACAAUACAGUUGAAGGCAUAUGCAAAGAAUCAAUGGUAUCCAAAUUGGCAAAGUCUCUUUUCGAAUCAGUCCCAUCUAAUACAAUGAAAAGGGGUGUUCUUUAUCUGCCUGAGCACAAGAAUCUUGUGAUGGAGCAGGGACCUCUGUCUGGAAUUUCCCGUGGGAAUAUUCAUGAUCUCCACAAGGCUUUUAGUUCUAAAAAUGCCUGCGUUAGUAUAGCACCUUUCAAGUUUGAUUCUCCAUCCCCAGAUGAUGUAGUUUCCAAUGGACUAACUUCCUCGAGAACUGGUCCACAAGUUAGCACGAGGCAGAAAGAGAAGCAAGAUAGCGCAGAACAGAAUUCUGUAAAGAAAAGAGGAGAUAGUUCAGAAACAAGCUCUCGAGGUAGACAUGAUAACGCUGAAAAUAGUUUUUCAAAGGGCAGUGCUGGUGGCAUAAAAUCUGGCAAAAGUUUGCCAAAAGCAAAAGCAGAUAUGUCUACUGAGACAAGUUCUUCGUCCAAAAAUGUGGAGGUGUCGGAGAGUCUUACUGGUACUAUGAACAAGAUGUCUUUGACUGAGGAAACAAAAAAGUCCAACGAUAUUAAAACUAGAAUACCAAUAUCAAAAUCUAAGCAUAAGCCAGAGGAGUGGAUGCUUCUUGAUGAAGAAUCAGAUACACUAAGUCAACUUAAUCUUGCCAUCGUGGGACAUGUUGAUUCCGGUAAGUCAACACUUUCGGGUAGAUUACUGCAUCUAUUGGGAAGAAUAUCUCAAAAGCAAAUGCACAAGUUUGAGAAAGAAGCAAAGUUGCAGGGCAAAGGGUCCUUUGCAUAUGCCUGGGCAUUGGAUGAGAGUGCUGAAGAGAGGGAACGAGGAAUAACAAUGACUGUUGCUGUUGCUUAUUUCAAUUCCAAAAGACAUCAUGUUGUUUUGCUCGACUCUCCUGGGCACAAAGAUUUUGUUCCAAACAUGAUCGCAGGAGCAACACAAGCAGAUGCUGCAAUUCUGGUCAUAGAUGCAUCUAUUGGUGCUUUUGAAGCUGGUUUUGAUAAUUUGAAAGGCCAGACAAGGGAGCAUGCUCGGGUUCUUAGAGGUUUUGGCGUGGAGCAAGUCAUAGUUGCAGUCAACAAAAUGGAUAUUGUUGGGUAUUCGAAGGACAGAUUUGAUUUGAUUAAGCAGCAUGUUGGAUCUUUUUUGCAUUCCUGUCGUUUUAAAGAUUCGUCUCUGACAUGGAUUCCAUUAAGUGCCAUGGAAAACCAAAACUUGGUGGCAGCUCCCUCUGAAAGCCGCCUAUCCUCAUGGUAUCAGGGUCCAUGUUUAUUGGAUGCCGUUGAUUCUGUCAAGUCUCCUGAUAGAGACGUCUCAAAGCCUCUACUCAUGCCUAUAUGUGACGUUGUAAGAUCGACUUCACAAGGGCAGGUAUCUGCAUGUGGCAAACUUGAAGCUGGAGCUGUUCGGCCAGGAUCAAAGAUAAUGGUUAUGCCAUCGGGAGAUCAAGGAACCGUACGGUCUCUGGAGCGUGACUCUGAGGCUUGCUCCAUUGCAAGAGCUGGAGAUAACGUAGCAAUAGUUUUGCAAGGGAUCGAUGCAAAUCAAGUAAUGGCAGGAGGUGUUUUGUGCCAUCCCGAUUACCCGGUUUCAGUAGCGACUCAUUUGGAAUUGAUGGUGCUCGUCUUGGAAGGCGCAACACCGAUCUUGCUUGGUUCUCAGCUGGAGUUUCAUGUGCACCAUGCAAAGGAAGCAGCAACGGUUGUGAAACUUGUGGCAAUGCUUGAUCCCAAAACAGGGGAGGCAACAAAGAAGUCUCCUCGCUGUCUAACUGCUAAACAGAGUGCAAUGCUUGAGGUGAGUCUUCAAUAUCCAGUUUGUGUGGAGAUAUUUUCUGAAAGUAGAGCUCUUGGAAGAGUGUUCCUUAGAUCAUCAGGAAGAACAGUCGCGAUGGGCAAAGUUACACGGAUUAUCCACGACUGAUAAAAAACCCUCUAUUGUUGUAAGAUCUUUGCUUGUUCAUCAGAAAUUGAGUCGUCCCAAGUUUUGUCUACAAUACUUACUAUAUAUAUAAUAUAUCCUAAAAUUCGUUGCAAAAAUUAUUCAAUUAAAAUUUCAAUGUGUAGUUCUAUUUUUUCUUGUCUUUAAGGUUUUAAACACAAUAACAUUUUUUAAGAGAAAAAAGUAUGUCAUUUACGUUUUCCGGA